AUGGGAGAUGGAGAUGUAGACGUUAUUGUUAAAGCUGUCCAAAAUCUUUUUGAUUCUGUAAAAAACCCAAGUCUUAGUUUGGGACUAUAUCGAACAUUUAUUGACGUGGUCCCCAGUGGGCUCCGUGAUCUCAGCCCUACUUCUUUCAACCCUCGGGUGGUUUCUAUUGGACCUCUUCACAAAGAUGAACAACAUCUUCAGCCAUUUGAUGAGCAGAAAGUGAAGUAUGCUCAUAAACUAUUGUAUUCUCCUGAUUAUUCCCUUCCCAACCAGAUGCUAAAAGAAUGUGUGGAGAAAGUGGUUGCUAAAACAGACAGAAUCAGAGCAUGUUAUGACAAGAUAAAGAUGGAAAAAUACAAUGACACUGAACUUGCCAAAAUGAUGGUUAUCGAUGCAUGUUUCAUACUCGAAUACCUUGGAAGAUCAGAAUUCAAUGUUGAAAAUAGAUCCUUUUGGCGUGGGCAAUCUAUAGUUUAUGACAUGGUGCUCGUAGAAAACCAAAUCCCUUUCUUUAUUCUUCAAGACAUCUUUGAUAGCACCAUUUUGAAAUCUGAACCUACAGCCUCACUUACUACCCUUUUGCUUCCACUUGUACAAAUUUGUAACAUCUUUGAAACAAGCUUAACAGCCAAUAUCACCCCCCGUUUAAAUUUUCAAGAUCAUAUCCUUGGCUUUCUUGAAAAUUGUUUCCAUCCAUCAAGAAACAACUCUCCUUCAGAAGGAUUACCAAGUUCAGCAAUACACUCGGCUGUAGAACUGGACAGGGCAGGGGUGAUCUUUAAACCUAAUAAUCCAGAUGAAACUUGGUCAAUGGCUAUGGAGUUCAAGUCAUGUCCAUUAAGCUGCUUCUCAUGGUGUUGGGUGGAUACAGAAGAAGACAUUGCUAAGUUGAUAGAAUCAAAGGUCGUUCUCAACCAUUUAGGCUCAAACGAAAAGGCUGCAGACAUGAUCAACAGCCUUUGCAAACAACAACCCAUACGGAUGUUUUGUUACGUUGAUCAAUGGCAAGAUAUGGAUACCCACUACAACAAUUACUGGCCCAAAAAUAUUGCAGCUUUGAAGCGUACGUAUUUUAGUAGUCCAUGGAGUAUGAUUACUCUUGUUGGAGGGAUCGCUCUCUUUGUUCUUACAGUGAUUCAGACUAUCUAUGCUGUCCGUGCUAGAUAG